AUGACCAAACAAGGCAACAAAUACGAGCGACAAGCUUUUGCUAGACUGUUCAGCCCAGUCUUAAAAGGGGACUCCCUCAAAACAAAUACUCCCUACAAUCGAGCACACUCAAUACUAGUCAACGCCAGCACACAAAAUGACAGAUCCAAAAAACCCAAAGAAAUUCCCCCCUUCACCGACACCCACGGCAUAAUAACAACAACAACAACAACAACAACAACAACAACAAACGACCUCCCAGGCUACAAAAUCAAGAGUGUUCUGGGCACAAUCUACGGCAUCACCGUCCGUACCCGCAACUGGGGCGCAGAUCUCGGCGCCGUCGUGCGCUCAGCCGUCGGGGGUGAGAUUCGCUUCUUUACGAAUCUGAUGUAUACGUCCCGCGAAGAGGCGAUGGAGCGGUUGGUGGGUGAGUGUAAGAGUCGGGGUGGGAACGCGAUUGUUGCGGUGAGAUUCGAUGUUGCGAGUUUUGGGGCUUGUUCGCAGAUUUGUGCUUAUGGAACUGCUUGUCGGGUGGAGAAGAUUGAGGAGUCAGAUGAUUGA